AUGUUUGGAUCAAAUGUUUGUUGGCAAAAUGCUUAUAAAAAUCUAUUUGCCGGAUGUUCUGAGAUUUUGGCUACUAAUGAUAAAAGAUCUAGAUUAGCUUGGCAUUUAAGUGAUUGUUUUCAAAGAGAUUCUGGCAGGCCUUCCUUUCCUCACUGUGACUCAAAAACACCGAUUGCUAAAUGUCUGAGAAACUUAGAUGAUCUUGCUCAUAAGGUUUAUCUCGAAUUCUACCUCGAAACCAACUCCAUUUGCUAUCAACUACAGACACAUGCAUUUAAACAUGAAACUGAGAGACUUGUAACUGAAUUGAAAAAUUCUGCUCAAUAUGUGGAGGACAAGUUAGAUAGCAUUGAAGAUAAAUCAGAUUGUCUAUUACAAAACUCAAAACAAAUUUCCGAAUCUCUCGAAUCAGUUAAUAGUCACACACAGUUAGUAGCACAAACUGUCAAGAAUUUCUUGACAAGACAAUGGCCUGAGUUUGGGUGGAAGUGGAAGCAACAUAAGCAUGAGUUCAAGGUAGAGAAAUUUAUGUUUCAACGUUUUUUUCUACAAGAAAGACUGAUGCAAAGCCUAGUAAGGAUUGGUUAA